GCUCUGGAGGCCAUGCUGGCGGGGGCGCGGCGCGGCGGCCGGUUCCCGCUGCUCGCUGUUUUUUCAGCAGUGAUAUUUGGGACCCUUACAAAUCAAGAUCUGCCUGUGAUCAAGUGUGUUUUAAUCAAUCAUACAGAUAAUGAUUCAUCAGCAGGGAUAUCAUCGCAUGCCACGGUGCCAAAGUCUACAGAAGACCUGGGGUGCUCGUUGCGGCCUGGGAGCACAGAGGCCGUCUACAAAGCAGCCGAGGUGGAAGUCGAUAUUUCUGCAUCCGUUACCCUGCAAGUGACAGUCGACCUCCCUGGGAACAUCUCCUGCCUCUGGGUCUUUAAACAGAGCUCACUGGAUUGCCACCCGAACUUUGAUUUACAAAACAGGGGAGUUGUUUCCAUGGUCAUUUUGAAAAUGACAGAAACCCAAGCUGGAGAAUACCUCCUCUUUAUUCAGAGUGAAGCGACCAAUUUCACGAUUUUGUUUACAGUGAGUAUAAGAAAUACACUGCUUUACACAUUACGAAGACCUUACUUUAGAAAAAUGGAAAAUCAGGCCGCGCUGGUCUGCGUAUCUGAGAGCAUUCCAGAACCGACUGUGGAGUGGGUGUUUUGUGAUUCACAGAGUGAAAGCUGUAAGGAAGAAAAUCCAGCUGUUGUUAAAAAGGAGGAAAAAGUACUUCAUGAAUUAUUUGGAACAGACAUAAGAUGCUGUGCAAGAAAUGAAUUGGGCAAGGAAUGUACUAAGCUGUUCACAAUAGAUCUAAAUAAAACUCCUCAGGCAACACUGCCACAAUUAUUUCUCAAAGUGGGGGAGCCUUUAUGGAUAAGAUGCAAAGCUGUGCACGUAAACCACAGAUUCGGGCUCACCUGGGAACUAGGAAACAAAUCCCUCAAGGAGGGGAGCUACUUUGAAAUGAGUACCUAUUCAACAAACAGAACUAUGAUACGGCUUCUGUUUGCUUUUGUAUCAUCAGUGGGAAGAAACGAUACUGGAUAUUACACUUGUUCCUCUUCCGAGCAUCUGAGUAAAUCAGCUUUGGUGACCAUCAUAGAAAAGGGAUUUAUAAAUGGCUCCAAUUCAAAUGAAGAUUAUGAAAUUGACCAGUAUGAAGCAUUUUGCUUUUCUGUUAGGUUUAAAGCAUACCCACAGACAAAAUGUACGUGGACCUUUUCUCAAAAAUCAUUUCCCUGUGAACAAAGGGGCCUUGACGAUGGAUACAGCAUAUCUAAGUUUUGCAACCACAAACACCAACCAGGAGAAUAUAUAUUCCAUGCAGAAAAUGAUGAUGCCCAGUUCACAAAAAUGUUUAUGCUGCAUAUAAGAAGGGAACCUCACGUGCUCACUGAGGCAUCAGUGAAUCAGGCUUCUUGUUCCUCGGAUGGAUACCCAUUGCCAUCUUGGACCUGGACGAAGUGUUCAGACAAGUUUCUCAACUGCUCAGAAGAAAUCACAGAUGGAAUUUGGAAUGAAAAGAAUAACAGAACAUUAUCUGGCAAGUGGAUAACCAUCAGUACUCUCAACUUGAGUGAGGCCAUAAAGGGGUUCCCCGUGAAGUGCUGCGCAUACAAUUCCCUUGGCUCAUCUUGCAAAACCAUCCUUUUAAAUUCAUCAGCCCCCUUCCCUUUCGUCCAGGGCAACAUCUUGUUCUAUGCAACAAUUGGACUUUGUCUUCCCUUCAUCGCUGUUUUAACCAUGCUAAUUUGUCACAAGUACCGACAGCAAUUUAGGUAUGAGAGCCAGCUGCAAAUGGUACAGGCGACUGGCUCAUUGGAUAAGGAGUACUACUACAUUGAUUUCCGAGAGUUUGAAUAUGAUCGCAAGUGGGAGUUUCCAAGAGAGAAUUUAGAAUUUGGGAAGGUACUAGGAUCAGGUGCUUUUGGAAAAGUGAUGAAUGCCACAGCUUACGGAAUUAGUAAAACGGGAGUCUCGAUUCAGGUGGCAGUCAAAAUGCUGAAAGAAAAAGCAGAUAGUUCUGAAAAAGAGGCUCUCAUGUCAGAACUCAAAAUGAUGAUUCACCUUGGAAACCAUGAGAAUAUUGUGAAUCUGCUGGGGGCGUGUACACUGUCAGGACCUGUUUAUUUGAUUUUUGAAUAUUGCUGCUAUGGUGAUCUUCUCAAUUACCUAAGAAGUAAAAGAGAAAAAUUUCACAGGACAUGGACAGAGAUUUUCAAGGAACACAAUUUUAGUUUUUACCCCACUUUCCAAUCACAUACAAACUCCAGUAUGCCUGGUUCAAGAGAAGUUCAAAUACACCUGGACUUGGAUCAGAUCUCAGGGAUCAGUAGGAAUUCAUUUCAUUCUGAAGAUGAAAUUGAAUAUGAAAACCAAAAAAGGCUGGAGGAGGAAGAGGAUUUGAAUGUGCUUACAUUUGAGGAUCUGCUUUGCUUUGCAUAUCAAGUUGCCAAAGGAAUGGAAUUUCUGGAAUUUAAGUCGUGUGUUCACAGAGACCUGGCCGCCAGGAACGUGCUCGUGACCCACGGGAAGGUGGUGAAGAUUUGUGACUUCGGCUUGGCUCGGGACAUCAUGAGUGACUCCAACUACGUGGUCAGGGGCAAUGCCCGUUUACCUGUAAAAUGGAUGGCUCCUGAAAGCUUAUUUGAAGGGAUCUACACAAUUAAGAGUGAUGUCUGGUCCUACGGAAUACUGCUGUGGGAAAUAUUCUCACUUGGUGUGAAUCCUUAUCCGGGCAUUCCAGUUGACGCGAACUUCUACAGACUCAUCCAGAGUGGAUUUAAAAUGGAUCAGCCAUUUUAUGCCACAGAAGAAAUAUACUUUAUAAUGCAAUCCUGCUGGGCUUUUGACUCGAGGAAACGGCCGUCAUUCCCCAAUCUGACUUCAUUUUUAGGAUGUCAGCUGGCACAUGCAGAAGAGGCGAUGUAUCAGAAUGUGGGUGGCCACAUUUUGGAAAGCCCUUCCAUCUACCAAAACAGAAAACCUUACAGCACAGAGAUGAAUUCAGAGCUAUCCUGUCUACAGGCUCAGCUUGAAGAUUCAUAGAGAAACAAUUUAAUCUUAAGAAACUCACCCCCUCUCCUUCCCUAUACAGUCUGUAGAUUACCAAAACAAAUGAGAUUAAUUUCUUCACUAAAAGAAAAUAUAUCAUCAACUGCUGCUUCACUGGACUUUUCUCUAGAAGCCAUCUGUAUUUACUCUGUUUUUUAAAGGGACUUUUGUAAAAUUGAAUCAUCCUUUGUAAGAGGCAGGAAGAGCUGAUAAUUAACUUUCUUAGAGCACCUAUAUCCAAAGGCCUUCCCAGGCCAGCUGAGUGAGAAUCAGGUACCUGAAGAAUAAUUUACUCUUGUAAAUACAUAAAACAAAAGCAUUUUGCUAAGAAGAAGCUAAUAUGAUUUUUAAAUCUAUGUUUUAAAAUAAUAUGUAACUUUUUCAGGUAUUUAGUGACAUAUUUU